UGUCCAUGCUGCAGAAACAGGUGAUCGUGUUGGUACUGGCCUCUCUGGUCAGCUCGUACUACAUACCUCUCUCACCACAGUCUCUGGUGCAUGAGGUCUAUGAAAAUGCUGAGGAUGAAAAUCCACUGCUUAAUUUGGAUUCAGAGGGGGACUCUAACCCUAACCUGAUUGAAGGGGACAUCCUCGUUCCAAAAGGACGCAACGCUCUGAUUGACACAAAGUACAGAUGGAAAUUUCCCAUUCCUUACAUUCUGUCUGAUGACUUGGAUCUGAACGCUAAAGGCUGUGUCCACCAGGCUUUUGAGAUGUAUCGCCUGAAGUCCUGCGUAGACUUCAAGCCCUACGCUGGAGAGAAGACCUACAUCAAGUUUGAGAAGCGGGGAGGGUGUUUCUCCAGCGUGGGCGACCAGCAGGCUGGCCAGGUCCUGUCUCUGGGGACCGGCUGUGACCACAAGGCUGUGAUCGAGCACGAGCUCCUCCACGCACUGGGCUUCUACCACGAGCAGUCUCGCUCCGACCGGGACGACUACGUCAAGAUUUGGCUGGACCAAGUCACUCCGGGGCUGGAACAUAAUUUCAAUAAAUACAAUGACGACUUCAUCACCGACCAGAACACCCCGUAUGAUUAUGAGUCGGUGAUGCACUACCGUCCGUACUCCUUCAACAAGAAUGGCAGCAUCCCCACCAUCACCACCAACAUCCCCGCCUUCAACAACAUCAUCGGACAGUACCUGGAUUUCAGCACACUUGACACCCUCAGACUCAACAGGAUGUACAACUGCUCUGGCCCUCUCACUAUGCUGGACCAGUGUGCGUUUGAGAACAUCAAUAUCUGUGGGAUGAUCCAGAGUCAGACGGAUGAGGCUGACUGGGAACACCUGAUGGGCGCUGCGGGCUCUGAGGACCACACCCUGCUUGGACGCUGCAGAGAUGCUGGCUAUUUCAUGCACUUCAGCAGCCAGAAGGGUGGCGCUCAGGAGUCAGCUCUGCUGGAGUCCAGGAUCCUGUUCCCCCGUAGGCAGCAGCAGUGUCUGCAGCUCUUCUACAGGAUGACGGGCAGCCCACAGGACAGGCUUGUGGUCUGGGUCAGGAUGGACGAUGGCACGGGGACCGUCCGCAAGAUGAAGAAGAUACACACCUUUCACGGGGAUUCUGACCACACCUGGAAGAUCGCCCACGUUCCCAUGGAGGUGGGAGAGAAGUUCCGCUACGCAUUCCAGGGCAUGCGAGGGGACCCCACCUCUUCCGCGGGGGGGAUUUCCCUCGACGACGUCACCCUGUCAGAGACACGCUGCCCCAAUGCCGUGUGGACGAUCCACAACUUCUCCAGGAUCCUGGAGGAGGCUAACAGCAGCAUGGCGAUGGACAGCCCUCGCUUCUACAGCCCCGAGGGCUAUGGGUACGGCCUGCGCUUGAAGCCCGACUCCGGCUACAGCGACUACACGGGCCGCUACGCCGGCCUGUACUUCCACCUGGCCAGCGGGGAGAACGACGGUGUGCUGCAGUGGCCGGCCGUCAACAGGCAGGCCACGCUGGUGGUCAUGGACCAGGACCCCGACGUCCUGCUCAGGAUGUCGUCAGCACGUAGCCUCACCACAGACAUGGACCAGGACCCCGACGGAACGCUGUUCUGGGACAACCCCACCAAGGUGGGCACGUUUGACCCCAGCUGUGACUGCUACCGUGGAGAAUCCUGGGGCUGGCGUAACUUCAUCAAGCACUUUGACCUGCAGCGACGCAGCUACCUCAAGAACGACGACCUCAUCAUCUUUGUCGACUUUGAGGACAUUACAUCCCUCAUCAAGACUGAGGUUCCUGUCAAACCAGUGGAGUGAGGCCAGCACGCAGGAGGCCGGCACGCAGCAGGCCAGCACGCAGCAGGCCAGCACGCAGCAGGCCAGCACGCAGCAGGCCAGCACGCAGGAGCAUCAUGCUGGAUCUGCUGGGAGGGAGAAUUUCCUGGGUCUCUUUUGACUGAUGAAAUAUUUUCCAAUUUAAAAUAAAAUUUGAAUUUUU